GGGAAAAACAAAUUAACCAUUACCAUCAGAAUGUUUGUUCAAGGUGCGGUUCCACUGUGUGCAAUGCAUACAGCCUGACCCUAGCUGGUUAAUCAGCCUGUGGGACAAACCAUUAUCGCUGUGUGCCUGGCUGCUGGGUUUUGUUUGUACAAUUAUUAUGUCACUUGAGACCAGUCAAAGCUAUGCAUAUAUGAUGAACUUAUUCCACACCAACUGUGCUAAUCGGAAGUGCAGGGGAAGGACAAAAUCUAAUCACAAAAAGCAAUUUUAGCUAACACAGUGCGUGACUGUAAUGCCACGUCUACAAGGUGAGCGCGGCCGCCGUGUGGAACAUUCCAGGGCGUGUCUCGACGUAUUUAUAACUUAACUGCAGGUAAAGUCAGUUCAUUUCCUUGUUCGUCUCCGCUGUGUGAGCAGCUGCUGCCGCUGCGAUAGCUCCUCCGUGAGCCGCGGCGAGCGACUGAGUCCGAGUGAAGCCAUGGGCCAUGGCGAACGCGUCUCCCAGUGAUUGUGUAGACAGUGAGCUGAGCUGCCCCAUCUGCCUGGGCACGUUUGAGUGCCCCUCCACUUUGAGCUGCGGACACUCGUUCUGCCUCCGGUGUCUGGACGGUGCCUGGGAGAGAGCGAGCAGCUUCAGCUGCCCGCAGUGCCGAGCGACGUUCCCUGAGCGGCCCCAGCUGAAGAGGAACGUGGCGCUCGCAAACCUGGUGGAGCAGCUCAGAGUUGGAGAGAGGAUGGCCGGAGUUGUCUUCUGUGACACCUGUGAUGACAGGAUGACUCGUGGAGUGAAGACCUGCCUCAGGUGUGAGAUGUCCUUGUGUGAGUUCCACCUGAAGCCUCACCUUAAAAACCCCAAGUUUAAGGACCACGUCCUAGUGGCUCCCAUUGUUAAUGUGGAGGAACGGAGAUGCAAGAAGCAUGAAGAUCCUUACCGGUUCUACUGCAAGCAGGACGGCGGCCUGGUGUGUACGGUCUGUUCCAUCACUUGUGCACACAAACGACAUGAUGUCAUCGCACUGGAAGAUGAGCACAAGACACGGAAGAGUGGAGUCGGAGCAGAGACGCGAGCGGUGGAGAAGAAGAGGAAGAAGGCGGAGACGUCCGUGGGACGGAUGAAGGCCGCUCGCAAGGCCAUGCAGGAUUCCAUGGUCCAGACCAAGGCUCGCAUCUCAGGCGAGUUCACUCGCAUGAGGGCGACGCUGAAUGAGGACGAGAGGGCGGCUCUGGACCGCGUGAACAUGAAGGGGAGCGAGCUGCUGUCAAUGAUCGAGGAGAACAUCGCUCAUUAUGAGCGCGAGAUCAGUGAGCUCCAGGAAGAAGCCACGCGCCUGCGCGCUCUGCAUGAGGAGAGGGACUCGCUCACGUUCCUGCAGGGUCAUAUGAAGAAGACAGAGAGGACUGAGCACCCCCCACCACCCGCUCCUCCGAGUGACUUGACUUUGGGUGACGUGAGCUGGCUGAGUGGAGUCAUUGAGAAGCUCAAGCUGUCUGCACCAUACGGACGCUCACCGACUGUGGACCCAAACUCGGCCCACAACAAACUCCAGAUUUCCUCGGACCUCAGGACGGUGACGCUGACCGCUGUCUCCCAGCGUCGCCCCGAUCACCCACACCGCUUUGAUCGCUAUGCACAAGCCCUGUGCUCAGAGAGCUUCUCGUCGGGUCAGCACUACUGGGAGGUGGACGUGGGGGGUGCGGCGCGGCGCUGUCAGGUUGGAGUCACGUACGGGACGAUCGCACGGAAAGGGCGUGGUAAAGAGUGCAGGCUGGGACAGAACGACUCAUCCUGGGUGUUAUAUAAAGAUAACAACAACAGCUGCUACGUGCGUCAUGGUGGUGUAGCUACCUCAGUGCCGGUGAGGGAUCCUCCCCGGAGAGUCGGGUGUCACCUGCACUGGGAGGCGGGGCUGCUGUCGUUUUACCGCGCCGACUCCAUGGAGCUGCUGCACUGCAUUCACCACGCGUUUAGUCAGCCUCUCUACCCCGCACUGAGUGUGUGGGGUGUUGUUGUUGGUGACUCAGUGAGGAUUCUGGAUCUGAGUCGUGCGUCCUGAGAGCACGGAGUGUGAGCAGCGCAGAGAAACGGGCACAACGCACAGACUCACGCACACAAAGACACAGAUCCCCCGUGCAGCCUAAACAGACUGUUGGGGCAAGGGCUGUUAGCAAACGCCUCAGAAGGCUGACACGGCACUCGAGGGGGUGGGUGGCCAACACCACGACUGACCCGCCUUUGUCUCCCCAGUGGUAACGUUUACACACCGCACCAGGAACUCAUUUGAGGCUGAGUCGACCUACGGGAGGCCCAUGACCCGUUCGCCAACACCAUUGCCGAUUAUCUGAUUCGGUCCUGGGUCUCCCCUAGGGUCGACUCAGCCUCAAAUGAGUUCCUGGUGUGGUGUGGAAACAUCGCCACUGGGGAGACAAAGGCGGGUCAGUCG